GUUUUUCAUUUUGAGGAUGAUAAAUUAUAUGCGCAUUUUAACUGGAAAGCUCUGAACAUCAAAAAUAAAUUUUGUUUUAUAUGCUAGCAGCUUGUUCAAUUUUGCUUUUUUUUUACUUACAAUGUUGUGUAAAGAGAAACCAGACUAAAGAUUAAACAUGAACAUCGUAUUAGUGAUUUUUUUAGCCUUGUCACUCAAUAAAAAUGCUGCAUUUCCAAAAGGUCAAGUAUCUUUCAGUUCGAAUACCGAGACAAAUGUGCAGCUGUCUCCAUUAGCCGAAGAACAGUCCACUGCUGAAUCAAUUGAAACUGAACCUUUAAAGAUUGUGAUACCAGCAAAUAUUACUAUUACUCAAGGGCAAAACAGUUUUGGUGAAAAUAAUAAAUAUUUAUCAGAACUUCUACGUCAUAUGCCAGUAUCCGAUGAUUCACAAGAAAAAACGUCUAAUGGAGAUUUGUAUCAACUUAAAAAAAUAGAACCUUCAUCUGCAAAUUCAGACAAAGAGUCGAUAAGAGUUCCACUACAUAUUUUAGGUUUGCCAGAGAGUUCUGCUUUUUCUCAAGACAAAAAUGUACCGUCUACCGAACUUGCAUUGUUUAAUAAAGGACGACAAGAAAUAGAAGAAAGUGAUGAUCAUAGAAAGGUAGGAGGUUUUGGAGGAGGCCAAGGUGGAGGUUUUGGUCUAAAUGCAGGAGGAGGAGGGAAUGGAGGAGGUGGUGGUAUUAAUGGUGUUAUUGAUUCUUUUCCAUUUGUAAUUUCUCCACCUCCACCUCCACCUCCUCUUCGUCCCCCUACUUUUUUUAUAGCUCCACCGCCUUCCUCUGUAACAGUAACCGUUCCUUUACCUGCUGCACUUCCUCCUGUUUCCUCGCCGCCUCCUUCAUUGCUAUUAGUAGCUCCACCACCACCAGUAUCCUCCUCAUCAAUCCCAGUAAGCUCCUCACCAUUACAAGUUUCUCCAUUGGCCUGGCAUGUUCACCCUUUACACUCUUCCGAUAACUCUUUACAAAUAUCUCCUCCAGCACCACCUUCAAUAUCAAAUGGCUUUCAGCUAGUUCCUUUAUCGUGGAAUAAAAUAAAUUCUUUCCAACAAAAUCCUCCGCCUCCACCACCGCCGCCUCCAGUAGCAUAUUUACCCUCAAAUUUGGGAAAUUUUAUACCUGUUUCCUGGCAUAUAGAUGGUUUCGAAAUAGUGCAUCCUUCUCCACCACCUUCUCCUCCUCCUUUACCAAUACUAAAGCCAAGCCACAUUCAUCACGUGAUGCCUUUUCCUUGGUCAAUAAUGGAUAGUCAUCAUUCCAAGCCUACAUCUUUUACAGAUCAACCAAAGUUAACAUGGGCUUACAAAUCAACUCCAAAUGCUUAUGGUCCAGAAGAAUGGCACAAAAUAUCCCCGCAAUGCAAUGGUCUUAACCAAUCACCAAUUAAUAUUGUAACUUUUAAUGCUCUUACAAAACCACUCAAUCAUCCAUUGAAAUUAUCUGUAAAUGAUGAUGAUGGUGGACCUAUAGUAGUGGAAGGGAAACUCAUAAACAAUGGUAAAACUAUUGGGUUUAAUAUUGCGGAAGGUUCAGCAUCUGCUCAAUUAACGGGUGGCGUUCUUUCUGAUGAUGUGUAUACAUUAAAACAAUUUCAUUUACAUUUUGGUUGUGAUGGGCAAAGAGGUUCUGAGCACACACUGGAUGGUGAAUGGUUUUCAGGUGAAAUUCAUUUUGUUUUCAAAAAUGAUAAGUAUACUAACCCUAAAGUUGCCAUGCAACAAAAUGACGGACUGGCAAUAUUGGCUUUUUUUAUGCAGGUAAAUCCUAGUGCUGACCCAAACAUAGCUUUUGAUCGCAUAGCUGAAAGUGUUGUACACAUACAAUCACCAAAACAACAAUAUCCUUUGCCAGGUGGUUUGUCAUUGAAAAAUCUUGUUCCAGCGUUGAAAGAAGGGCUGAAUAAUAUUCGAAGAUAUGUCUACAAGGGUUCGCUUCCGACACCUCCAUGCUAUGAAUCUGUCACAUGGAUUGUGUUUAGGCGACCAAUUGGAAUUUUACCAGAAAAACUCAAAAAGAUGCGUGGUUUAUAUGGUGAACAUUUUGAUCACCUUUGUGGUAAUGUAAGACCUAUACAAAAGUUAAAUGGAAGGGAAAUUUUCAGUUUCGCUGUAGAACCAGAAAUAUCACCAACAAAAGCUAGCCCAAAAACAACUAAAAGACUUUUAACUUCACUUCCACCAACAACUCCAGUAGCUCCAACAACGCGCAUUGUUACUACAGCGAAAGUAGUUCAAACAACCCAUGCAUCACCUGUUAUUUCGACCACUUCAGCUAGUCCCACAUCAGAAGUUGCACCUGAUGCCCUACCGACAGAUCAAACACCACCCUCACAAGAAGGCAGUGAAGAGAUCAUUACUGCAAAACCAACUACAGCCGAGCCGCAGCCUCUUUCUGAUGAACCUCCUUUAGUUACUCAAGAGCCUGGUUCUAGGAAGAAGAAAAAGUUAAUCACGCUUUAAAACAUACUUCUUAGAUAUUUCCACUUACUUUUAGCUUGCUGUAAAUAUUCUUUUUUUUUAAAUUUUUGUAAAGUAAUAAUUUCAAUAUAGUUAUAUCUAAUAUACUUGUUCUUGUCAUAAAA